GUGUUACAAAAAGAAGCAUGUCAUGAGGGAGGAAGUGAGUGAAAGAGAGAGAGAGAGAAAAAGAGAGUUUACGUUGGGGAAGAGGGGAGGAGGGAGGUCUGGAAAGCACAGAGACAACAGCCCUGAUCUCACUACCUGAGGAAAGCCAAUUCAAGGACACAGGAGUCACUGAGAGCAUACAAGCCAGAGUACAGAAGAGUUCUACUGAAUCACUGGCAGAAACAAAGUCACAGCUCGACUCCUUCUGAUUGGAUUCUACUGAAUCUGGCCUGAAAAAGAUGGCCGAGGCCCAUCAGGCGGUGGGCUUCCAGUUCACUGUGCGCCCGGAUGGCGUGGACCUUAAACUGAGCCAAGAGGUCAUCAAAAACAUCUACCUGUCGGGACUGACUGCGUGGAAGAAGAAAGCCAUUCAAUUUAAGAAUGGUGUAUUGGCUGGAGUCUAUCCUGCCAGUCCAUCCAGUUGGCUGAUAGUUGUGAUUGCCAUGAUGAGCUCCUUGUAUACUCGCAUAGACCCCUCCCUCGGAAUGAUUGACACAAUCAAGGAAAACCUGCCACAGAGACACUAUGUGUCAGUACAGACCCGAGCUGUGCUGAGCGCCAUCCUGUUUGCCACCGGACUGUGGCUCUUCCUCAUCUACCUCCUGAGAUACACUCUGAAAGCUCUGCUCUCCUACCAUGGAUGGAUUUUUGAAUCCCACGGGAAAAUGAGCACUUCAACCAAAUUGUGGCUGAGCCUGGUGAAGAUGUUCUCUGGGCGCAGACCACUCCUCUAUAGUUUCCAGGCCUCUUUACCCAGGCUCCCGGUGCCCAAUGUGGAUGACACAAUUCACAGGUACCUGGAGUCAGUUCAACCUUUGCUGGACAGUAAACAAUACAACCAAAUGGAGAUUUUGGCCAAUGACUUUAAAGAUUCCAAAGCCGCCCUCCUCCAGAGGUAUCUCAUCCUAAAAUCCUGGUGGGCAACUAAUUAUGUGAGUGACUGGUGGGAGGAGUACAUCUACCUCAGGGGCAGGAGUCCUAUCAUGGUUAACAGUAACUUCUAUAUAAUGGACCUGUUGUACGUGACCCCGACACACCGACAGGCUGCACGAGCUGGAAAUAUGGUGCAUGCAAUGCUGCAGUACAGACGCAAACUGGAACGUGGUGAACAUGCACCGCUGAGGGCUUUGGGGACUGUUCCAAUGUGUUCCACUCAGAUGGAGAGGAUGUUUAACACCACCCGCAUUCCUGGGAUCGAAACCGAUAUCGUGCAGCACUUGACCGACCGCAAGCAUCUGGUCGUCUACCACAAGGGUCGUUUCUUCCAGGUGUGGCUUUACACAGGAGGGCGCCACCUCUUACCCAGUGAACUGGAGACACAAUUUCAAAGGAUCCUAAAUGACACAUCAGAACCACAGCCAGGAGAACUCAAACUUGCUGCCCUGACUGCGGGGAACAGAGUUCCAUGGGCUCGGACCCGGAUUAAGCACUUUAGCCAGGGAGCAAACAAAGUGUCCUUGGACGCUGUGGAGUCAGCUGCCUUCUUCCUGACACUGGAUGAUGAGCCACAGGGUUAUGACCCGACAAAGACCCGUUCACUGGAUAGUUACGCCAAGUCCCUUCUUCAUGGAAAAUGUUACGACAGGUGGUUUGACAAAUCUUUCACCUUGAUCUCUUACCCUAACGGCAAAAUGGGAAUUAAUGUCGAGCAUUCUUGGGCCGAUGCACCAAUCGUAGGACACAUGUGGGAGUACGUCCUUGCAACAGACUGCUUCCAUCUUGGCUACUCAGAGGAGGGACACUGUAAAGGGGACGUGAACAAAGGCCUGCCUCAUCCCGCUCGGCUGCAGUGGCAGAUUUCAAAGGAGUGCCAAGACGCGAUUGAGACUUCAUAUCUAUCAGCCAAGCAGAUAUCCGAUGAUGUGGACUUCCAUGCCUGUUUGUUUAGUGACUUUGGGAAAGGACUGAUCAAGAAAUGCAGGACCAGCCCUGAUGCCUUCAUUCAGCUGGCCCUGCAGCUGGCUCAGUUCAGGGACCAGGGAGUGUUCUGUCUGACAUACGAGUCGUCGAUGACUCGUAUGUUCAGAGACGGACGGACGGAGACGGUACGCUCCUGCACCUCUGAGGCGGUUGCUUUUGUCAGAGCCAUGGAGGACCCAGGUGCAACGAAUGCCCAGAGACUUGCCCUAUUUCGAACGGCGUCGGAUAAGCAUCAAAACAUGUAUCGUCUGGCCAUGACUGGUUCUGGCAUCGACCGCCAUCUCUUCUGUCUCUACAUUGUGUCCAAAUACCUCGGGGUGAACUCCCCUUUUCUGGAGAAGGUGCUAUCAGAGCCCUGGAAGUUGUCAACCAGCCAGACUCCUCAGCAGCAGCUUAACUUAGUUGACAUCAACAAGUUCCCAAAAUAUGUGGGUGCUGGUGGUGGAUUUGGCCCAGUGGCUGAUGAUGGUUAUGGUGUGUCUUAUAUUAUCGUUGGGGAAAACCUUGUAACAUUCCACAUCUCCAGCAAGUUCUCCAGCCCCGACACAGAUUCAUACCGCUUUGGUCAGCACAUUUGGAAGGCCAUGCUCGAUAUCCAAUCACUUUUCAAGCCUGAAAAUGAUAAGAGGGUGGAGAAUGCAAAGCACGUUCAGCUGGAAAAUGGGAAAAAGCACGCAUGACAAGACACCGAGAUGAUUUGCUGCAUUUGGUUCCAUUUGCACAUUUCUAGUCUUCUUGUGUGGUGGGUCACAUUAUGGGAGCUGGUCAUUCCACUCUGUCAUCCACAAGAGAAUAGUUGUUACUCCUCUAAUUUAUUGGUAUUUAUGAACUUCGGCGCUGUCUUUUUGAUGCUAAAAAGGUAAAGAUAUGUCCCUUUAAUGAUGGAAAUUUUUGUUUUCGGAAAGGUUCAUUUUGUCAGUGUGACUGUAUAUAAAUCUAGUUUUAUGUAAUAAAUGUAAAUAUACUCUUUA